UCCUGGCAGUGGCAGAGCUUUGUGCCCGAGGGCAAACCGCUAAACUCUCACCUCUCCGCGCGCACUGCCAAACUCGAGUACAUCAGUGCAGUUCCUCUGAAGCCAACGGGAGCAGAGCAGCCCGAGGGAGUCGUUGUGGGACGCAGGGAGGGGGUGAAGCGGGGUGUUUGAAGGGCAACAGCGCCGUAGUAGACCAGCCCACAUGUGCGUGUCGAGUCCUGCCCUGCUUCGUUCCCACAUCACUCCCCUCUCUCACUCACAUGUGAUUCUGAUCCCUCCGAGGUGACACGCUCCGUGCGGAUACCUUCUCCAAAAGCUCAGCUUUUACCGCCCCCUGCUGCAAAGCUCUGGCAGUGGAGACAUCUGAUUUGAUAAUCCUCCAACUUCAGGACGCUCAAAAACAAGGCUCCACUUUCUCAGCAACAACUGACUUUCUGACAAUGAAGACAUUUCUCCAUCCAGUAACUUUAUGACAAUUGGAUUCUAAUUUCUGGUUUCAAAAGGAAACAUUGAAAGGAACUAUUUAUUUUUUUUGGAAAAUAAUGGCAACAGAUGCCUUCCAUUCUCCAUAUGCUGCUGUCCCUCCAUCUGUGCAACCCAUAACUCCAUCCACCAGGAAUUUUCUUAAAAUGUUUGGUGAUUAUCAGAGCAACGAUGUUAUCAUUGAGCACUAUAACUUUACAGGCAAACUCAAGGAGAAUAAAUAUAAAGAGGGCUUGAAACCAGAAGCCAUUGCAUUUUUGCUGGUUUGUUUGCUAAUUGUGCUUGAGAAUGCCAUUGUUCUAAUUGCAUUAUGGAGAAACAAGAAGUUCCAUGUUCCCAUGUAUUACCUCCUGGGAAACUUGACUCUAUCUGACCUGCUAGCAGGCUUUACGUACAUGGUCAACAUCAUCACAUCUGGUGCCAACACUCUUAGCAUGACUCCUCUACUUUGGUUUUUAAGAGAAGGUGGUGUCUUCAUAAUGCUAGCUGCAUCUGUCAUUAGUUUGCUAGCCAUUGCAAUUGAGCGACACGUUACCAUGGUGAGGAUGAAGCCAUACCAAGGAGACAAACAAGGUCGAAUGUUUGCCUUGAUUGGUGCAAGUUGGGUGCUGUCUAUUUUCCUUGGAGUUCUUCCCAUACUAGGAUGGAACUGCAUCGGAAAACUAAAACAGUGCUCCACAGUUCUUCCCCUUUAUGCCAAAAGUUAUAUUCUUUUCAAUAUAACAAUUUUUACAGCUAUACUGAUGUCGAUUGUGGUCUUAUAUGUGAGAAUCUUCCGCAUCGUCAAGACCAACACACAGCGCCUUGGUUCUGGGCCCCAUCGAAAAGGACUGUACCGCAAGUCACAAAAGUACCUGGCACUACUCAAGACGGUUACAAUCGUUUUGGGAGUUUUUAUUGCAUGUUGGUCACCCCUCUUUAUCCUGCUACUUCUGGACUUUUUCUGCCCCGCUAAGAGUUGCCAAGUGCUGUUCAAAGCUGACUAUUUCUUGGGAAUUGCCAUGUUCAACUCUCUCCUCAAUCCAAUCAUCUACACACUGACGAGCAAAGACAUGAGACGUGCCAUUCUGAGGCUGCUCUGUCGACACUGCCUCCUCACCAAAGAUGGACAAGUGAAGAAGAUUGGCAUCCCGUUUUUGGAGUGUAGCACCAGUAAAACUGAUGCAGCCUCUCACAGGUUAGAAGGCUUGGAGACAACAGUGUCUUCUGGAAACUUCACACCGUCAACAAUUAAAGCCAUCUACCCCAAAAUAUCCAAAUCAUGACACCAUCAUGAGAACAAAUAAUGGACAAAACCACUUUUGAACAAGUUGCUUCUAAAUUGAAAAUGUGAUUGAAGUAAUAUGCAUGUUUACAUGAAGUUGAGACAAAAAAAUAUUUUUUGUACAUGUCAAUAAUACAUAGGUUUUUUUCUAAGUUGGGUCAAUUAAGUUUGAUAAUAUUGACAAUAAGCAAGAAAAAUGGUUGAAUGAUACAGUAGUCCCACAUUUCAGGCAUGCUUAAAUCUUCCCAUUAAUCUAAUUUAUGUAGCAAUAGAUUUUACUAUAAUAUUGAAAGUGUGGCAAAAAGCAUUCACAUUUUCAAAGUCAGUAUUUUAAUAAAAGUCCAAGCAGUUGACAUGAUAAUUGUGUGGUUGCAGGCGUCUGACAUUAAAGCACACAGCAGCGUGUGUGUGUGUGUGUGUGUGUGUGUGUGUCCGCCUGACAGACUGGGGGUGAAGGCCAAAGAGACAUUUAUCGUCCCUGCCUAUCCUUCUGUAGCAUAUAAUCACACGUUGUUAGCCAUCACAGAGUAUCCACACCCAGAAUGUGCUGCCAAAUCUGUAAUCAAGCCAUGCGAGUGUUGGUCAGUGGUGGGCAGGGUGCAGUGCUGGUGGUGCAGCUCUGGAGGUCCACACAACAUAUGUAGCAGCACAUGAUGAAUAAAAGUAGCAUUAGACAUGACAGCCAGGGCUGUGACGCCUAUGGACCACAAUAUCACAUAUGGGCAUUUCAUCUUCUACAAAAUACUAUAUUUCCCAUUGACUUCGAUGAAGCUAAGUGGGUCUGCAGUUUUACUGUGACUUGUGACAUGAUAAUUGUGUCUUCUGUAUAUAAAUGUAAAAUAUAUAAAUAUUAUUUACUGUCUCAUAUACAUAGUAUUGUACAUAUGUGUAAUCUUUUUGUGUUUUUCAUUGUGGCAUUUGUAUUAUUAAAUACUCUUAAGUUAUGGUUUCAAUUUUAUACUUGCACUGAAUAAACAAUACAAUAGU